GUCUGGGCCAUCCCAUUUAAAAGGGUCCCUUCUCGGUGGGCUCCAGCAAGUUUUUCAUUGCAGUGAAAGGACCGUGACCGGUGUUAAGCUAUGGCUCCAAUAGAUAGGCCAUGUUUCUGGUCCAUUUUGGUCAUCAGCUUAAUCUUAACAAUUCCUGCUUUGGCACAGAGGACGCGUGUGCCUAGUAGCAAGGACAAGUUCAGACCUACAUUUGAAAUCAAUUUGCAGUCACCAGCUACAAGCAAUGCCGCCCAAGCAGGUGGGCAGUGCACCAGCAAGAUCCUCGACCUCCUGUUCAUCAUCGACAGCUCUCGCAGCGUGCGCAUCCACGAGUUCGAGAAGGUGAAGCUCUUCAUGAUCGAUGUUAUCGACUCGCUGGACAUCAGCCCCGAUGGCACCCGCGUAGCCAUGCUGCAGUACGCCAGCACGGUGCAGAACGAGUUCUCCUUCAACACAUUCUUCAACAAGGAUGACAUGAAGAAGGCGGUGGCGGGUAUCGAUCCGCUCUCCACGGGCACCAUGACGGGCCUGGCGAUCCGCUACGCCAUGGACGUGGCCUUCACGGAGAAGGAGGGCGCCCGCCCGCCGUCAAAGAAAAUCCCCAAGGUGGCCAUCGUGGUGACGGACGGGAGACCCCAGGACCGGGUAGUGGAGGUCUCGGAGCAGGCGAGGGCCUCGGGCAUCGUGAUUUACGCCGUUGGUGUGGACCAGGCGGAAGUCUCCUCCUUGGAGGCCAUUGCCACUGAUCCUGAUGAGGAGCAUGUCUACUACGUGGAGUCCUAUGGCGUCAUUGAGAAGCUCAGCCUCAAGUUCCGGGACAGGUUUUGUGGUGUGAAACCGUGCGCCGUGGUGGACCACGGCUGCGAGCAGAUCUGCGUGGACUCGCAAAACUCCUACCACUGCAAAUGUUAUGAUAACUACACGCUCAACGCCGACAAGAAGACCUGUUCACUCAAGAAGCUGUGUUCCGUGGUUAAUCAUGGAUGCCAGCACAUUUGUGUCGACACUCCCGGCUCCUACUACUGCCGGUGCAAUGAAGGAUACAUCUUAAAUGAGGACAAAAAAACCUGCUCGCGCCUUGUGCUUGACAUUUGUGCCACAAUUGAGCAUGGCUGUGAGCAUAUCUGCGUGAGCACUGCGACCUCCUACUACUGCCAAUGCAGUCAGGGGUACAACCUCAACGGUGAUGGCAAGACUUGCAGACAAUGUAGGUUGGCCAGUUUAGACGUAGUGUUUGUUGUCGACGGCUCAAAAAGUGUCAAGUCCAAGAACUUUGAGCACAUCAAGGAGUUUGUGAACCGUGUGGUGGACGCCCUGGAGGUGGGUCCAGGUGCGACGCGCGUGGGGCUGAUUCAAUACUCAACACGCGUCCAGACGGAACUUGCUCUCGGACAGCACACCACGGCAGAGGCCAUCAAGGCGGCUGUGAAAGGCGUCCGCUACAUGGGCCGUGGAUCCAUGACGGGCAUUGCCCUCCACCACCUGGUAACGCAGGGCUUUGCACCAGCCGGUGGCAUUGGAAAAGAGGUGGCUGCUGGCAUUUCAGUGCCCGGCAAGGCCCCCCCCCGUAAGGUGGCUAUAAUAUUUAGUGACGGCCGCUCACAGGACAAUAUCAACCCGUGGACCACACAGGCCAAGGAGGCAGGGAUAACGAUGUUUGCUAUAGGCGUAGGUCAGACUGUGGAGACCGAGAUUAAAGAAAUCGCCUCUGAUCCCGACGAUGAUCACAUUUUCUACGCACGUAACUUUUCUGCUGUUCCACAAAUAGCAGAAAAGCUCAAACGCAGGAUCUGUGAAGAGGAGGCGCGGAAGGUGGUGACCGUGGAGGACCCCUGCAAGUGUGAGGCCAUCGUGGCCUUCCGCACCAGCGUGCACACCAUGCUGGAUGCCAUCCGAGACACACUGGCAGAGAUCACCCUCAGAUUAGAAUAUUUGGAAGCGAGGCUGGGACAGCCUUGAACAUUCACAGGAUCUUCCAAGUCAUCUUCUUCAAAAACUUCAUGAAGAAGAAACACCUUAAUUGUAUUUAGCAAAUAUGUAGGCAUUGUUUAUAUAACUAAAAUGUAAACAUUAUGAACAUUACUUCACAAUUUCCUAGUUUGUAUCAUUCACUAGUAGUGAACAAAUCUUGUUGUUUAAAACUGAAAAUAUUGUUUAAAACAUUAUUUUUGACAAUUAUAACGUGGAUAUCUUCAUUUUAUUACGUGUAAAUGGUGAAAUGUAAAAUUGUGUAAGAGUAUUUUAUCAAGGCAAUUAUAAUUUAGUCGUGCGAGGUAUCUUUAUUGCUCAUGCACAAUAUUGAUGAAUAUUUUCUUACAUUGAACAGCUGGGAGAUGGCUUCUUUGUGAAAUGUCUUAGAAUACCACAUUGUCCUUUUUUUGUCAGAAAAUUAAUAGAAAUAUUUAAGAAAGACAUCUGUAUUCAUGUAUAUUAAUAAAACAUAAAAGCAUUUU